AUGGUGCACCAGGAAUUAAAUGCGUUGAAUAUCGAAAGAACUAUGGACCGGGAAACAGACACAUUUCUCGGCCUCGCAGGAUUGCAUGUCUUUCUCACUGGGGCUGCUGGUGGGAUUGGCAGUGCUGCAGUAAAAGAAUUUCUAGAUCUCGGAUGUCGAGUUACAACAUUUGAUAAGAGAACCAUUGACGCCUCCAAGCUAUGUUCUACUUCGGAGCAAGCUUCCAGACUCCAUGUCACCCAGGGUGACCUUACCAUCGAGUCCUCCAUAGCUCAGGCUUUUGAAUCUGCAGCCAAGGCAUUUGGCCCCGUGAAUAUAUUGGUUGCAAACGCCGGGAUCACCGAUGAGAGCGCACACCCGCCGAUAUGGGAGAUCGAGACGAGUCUUUGGGAUAGGGUCAACGAAAACAACGUCCGAGGCACUUUUUUGACUGUCAAGCAUUUCCUGCGCACUGUGAAAAGGAUACAGGAUGCUCGAGGCGCAGAGCUUGAGAACGUGGCAAUCGUCAUCACGGGUUCAGAAACAGGAAAAUUUGGGCAAGAAGGGCAUGCAGAAUAUGCCUCUGGCAAAGCAGGCCUACAAUACGGCCUUGUGCGCACGGUCAAGAAUGAGAUUGUGCGCCUGAACUCCAAAGCUCGCAUUAACGCGGUUGCUCCUGGCUGGGUGGAUACCGCAUUGAUUGGGGACCGCUUGGAUGACCCAAGGGAGAUGUGGGCAGAGUGUCAGGCAACAGUUGCUUUGAAAAAGAUUGCACAGCCCGAAGAUGUGGCUCGGGCCAUGGCCUUCCUGUCGAGUCAUCGAGCAGCAGGCCACAUAUCUGGGCAGUGCAUCUCCGUUGAUGGCGGCAUGGAAGGUCGGAUUAUCUGGCGAGAGGACCAGCUCAUCGAGAAAGUCAAGCAUGGCAAUGUUGAGGCCCCUUCGCGGCAAGCAGCCAUACCUCAAUCUCUCAGCCCUCCGAUAAGAAGGCGCCGGCUACGGAUCUGUCUUUCAGUCGACUUUGAUGCAAUUUCAGGAUACUUGGGGACCGGACACGACCCGGCCAACACUUUAUCCGAUUACUCGGCAGGCAUCUUUAGCGCAAACGUGGGAGUGGGUAGGUUGUUACGAUUAUUUCGUAGGCAUGGGAUCUCUGAUAAGAUGACUUGGUUCAUUCCCGGUCACAGUCUGGAGACAUUCCCUGCCCAGGCCCAGGAGGUGGUCAGGAGCGGAGCCGAGAUUGGCCUCCACGGCUACAGCCAUGAAGGAGCAUAUGCAAUGACAGUCCAGCAAGAAAAGGAUGUCCUUGAGAAGUGUAUCGAACUGAUCACCGCGUUGAGGGGAGGUAAGAAGCCAACAGGAUAUCGCGCACCGCUGUACCAGAUCCGGGAAACCACUGUCCAGCUUCUACAGAACCAAGGGUUUCUUUACGACAGCAGCAUGAACGCCCAUGACUCCCUACCUUACUUCCUACCAAACCCAUUCCCUGGAGAAACCCCACAUGUACCAGAUUACACCAAGGAUGCCAGCAGCUGGAUGAUUCCCACCCCGAUCCCAGAACAACCAGCACCAGGCACCCCUGAAGCAGACAAGGCUUUGGUGGAGAUUCCAGGAAGCUGGUAUACCGAAGACAUGACCCCUCUCGGGUUCUAUCCCUACGCCGCGAAUACGCAAGGCUAUGUCGGCGUAGAUCUUGUGGAGAAGAUGUGGAUGGACCGCUUUGAAUGGCUGUGGGAAAAUGAAAGCUGGCUAGAUGAGGAACCCGGUAAAGGCUAUGGGUCAAUAUAUCCCAUGAUCUGGCAUCCAGAAAGUUCAGGAAGAGCACACAUUGUUGGGAUGAUCGAUCGAUUCAUCACGAAGCUGGUGGCUAGGAUGCGUGCAGCGGAAGAGGGUGAGAUCACAUUUGAGACUAUGGAGAUGGUGGCUCGAAGCUGGAAGGAACGCAAAUGA